AUGGAAGCUCCAAACGACCUCGUCUGUGCCUCAAAGGAGGGGAGAGCCGAAGAUGUGCAGGCGACCUUGAACCAACCUCGUGACCUAUGGGACAGCCAACUGGGGAAUAGUUUGAGCAAAGCCAUAUGCCGCCGCGACCCGGAAAUCGUUAGUCUUUUGCUCUCCAGCGGCGCCAAGCUCGACGCCUCGUCAUUUAUUCACCUUGCCAGGAUGGCUGAUACUGGCCUGCUCGAGGUAUUCCUAGCCUUGGCCACCGAUAAGCCAAAUGUGCUGAUUUGGUUGCUUUCCAAAGGGGCAGAUCCGAACGCGACCAACGAACGCGGAGUCUCUGCGCUUGGCUCUACAGUCGUUGCGCCUCUGGUUCAAGAUGGGGCAGCGAUUGACACCCUGUUAUCUCACGGGGCCAGGAUGGAACCUGAUAUUCUUCAUAGCUGUCUCCGACAAACAACAAUGGGAGGCCUGGAGAUGCUCAAGUGUUUGAUGAGUAAGGGAGCAAACGCCAAAAACAUUAUCCAUCACGAAACGACAGGCAACGGAACCCCUCUUCACUAUGCAGCGUUCCUAGGAAAGGAAGACGCGGUACGCAUCCUUCUAGAUGCGGGUGCCGAUCCUUCCAUCGUCAACUAUGAUGAUACGGGCGUUGGUGAGACGCCAGCCUCUCUUGUUAGAAGAUAUGGCCAUAUGCAUAUAUAUGAGAUGUUGUUUGCGAGAUCAAGCGUCCCUACAGACACAGAAUAG